AUGCUGUCUUCAGAAUGGAUGCAGCGCAAAAACAUUGAAUACAAACAAAAAAUAGAGGAACUUAACGAACUAUGCACAGAGCUGAAGGAGCAACUUGCAACAAAGGAGCUUAAUGAAUAUGAACAGGAGGUUCGUAUUCGGGAUCUGAGGGCCCAGCUUAAAGAGCUCAGCGAUGUUGAAGACAAACUAUCUCUUGCAAAUCGAAAUGCAAGAGUUCUCGAAGAAGAGAACAAUUCUCUACUUUUGAAGCUGAAGUCGGGCGAGCUGGAAAGAAAAGCCACAUCAACGGUACGUGCAGAGGCUAUAAAAUUAAUUGAGGAAAAUAACCAAUUGAGAUUUGAUAUUGAAGAACUUCGUGCCUCAUAUAACAAGGCUAUUCAAAGAGAACAUCAGCUUGAGCAAAAAUGCAAAAAUCUUGCCGAACUACAAGAAAAAGCAGAUGCCCAAAUGAUUGGCCUUAAUAAAAAAACACUGAAAUGGAGGGCCGUUUUAUGGAGGAGCAGCGCCAAUGGACCCUUGCAAAGGAAGCUUGGGAGGCGGAAAAGGCAAGAUAUAUUCAAGAUUAUGAAGAAGUACUCGCGUCCAUUCAAAGGUUUGAGGGAUCAACGCAACAACGAGAAUGUAGAGAUGUAA